AACACCUCCUUUGAGUUCCUUUGGUGACCAGAGAGAUCAGAGACAUUGGCGCCAUCUUUAAUCAGCAGCUACUUCCUUUGAGUUCCUUUGGUGACCAGAGAGAACAGAGACAUUGGCGCCAUCUUUAAUCACCAGCUACUGCCUUUGAGUUCCUUUGGUGACCAGAGAGAACAGAGACAUUGGCGCCAUCUUUAAUCCGCAGGUUACUUAACUGACCACUGAAGAGACACUUCUCAGUUUACUCAAACAGUUCAACAUGACAACAAGUCAAGACAGCUCUACAAGUCAGACAUCAGGAACACAACAACAACUCCAUCUGUCAACAGCUGAGCGAAUCAUGAUUCUAGACAACCGCUCCAAAAGCAACUUGCAGCCAAACUCAGUGAAUGCAAUGGCGGACCUCCUGCAACAAUUCAAAGGCUCAAAGUCAAAGAAUUUGAAGCUGUCGCUGGAGAACCAAGCUCUCAAACAGGUACAGAGACGACUUAAGUCCAAGCUGAAGAAAAAGGACAGCAUGUUGAUAAUGAAGGAGGAUGUCGGCAGGGAAAGAGAUAAAGUAAUCGCUACUUUACAAAGUGAAAAGGUUGCGCUGGUCAAUAAGAAUGAUGAGCUCACGGCAAAACUGAAGACUGCAGAGAAUCAGAUCCGUGAUUGCAAGACUGCCUGUAACCUCAGAGUCGACUACCUUGAGGGUCUGAUAUGGAAGGGUCAGUCGGAGAAUUCCAUCUGCUUUAAAAGAACCAAGGAGCUGGAGAGCCUGGUUGAAGCCAAAGAGAAGAAGUGGCUCAACGUGCAGGAGGACUUGCAAAAUAAUGUUGAGCUCACGGAAAAACUGAGGGCCAUGCAGACUCAGAUUCAUCAGCUUGAGUCUGACACAGUCCUUAAAGUCAACACUCUGGAGGAUCAGCUCAGGAGUGAGCAGGUGGAGAAAGAGACCUGCCUUCAAAAGAUCAAAGAGCUGAACAGUCCGGUUGAAACCACAGAGAAAAAGUGGCUCAACGUGCAGGAGGACUUGCAAAAGAAUGUUGAGCUCAGGGCAAAAAUGUGCACCGCACAGACUCUGAUCGACGAUUGCAAGGCUGCCUGUAACCUCAACACCGACUUCAUCAAAGGUCUGGUAUUGCGGGUUUCCGUCUUCUCUGAAAGAGUCAAGGAGCUUGAGAGUCUGGUUGAAACCUCAGACCUUAAAGUCAACACUCUGGAGGCUCAGCUCAGGAGUGAGCAGGUGGAGAAAGAGACCUGCCUUCAAAGAACCAAGGAGCUGGAGAGUCUGGUUGAAACCACAGUGAAACCACCCAAUGUUCAGAAGAUGGAGGAGGAUAUUAAGUUCCUCAUCGUGAAGUCUAUUAAGCUUCAGGAGCUGGCUCUCAUGUCAGACAGCGACAAAGCCAAAAGAAGGGAGGAAGAAAGAAAAGUUCAGAAGAAGCAGGAGAAGAUCGAGAAAGAUAAAAGAGAGAUGGAGCUGAAAGACAAGAAGCAUCAGGAGAAGAAGAAGCAGCAGAAGAUUGCAAAAGAAUUAAUAGAGAAGCUGAGAGUGAAAAGAUAAAAGCUGAGCUUCCCUGCUAAAUUUCUAUUGUAUCUGCUUGUAGGUUAAAGAAAAAAAAGGAACUGCACACAUAUACCAAGCUUCAUUAAUAAUUGACUAAUCUAAACCUAUGAUUCAAUUUUAGGACUUCAGAAACGUCAUAAAGAUAUUGUCAUUGUCUUAAUAUAGAAAAUAUAUUGUUUUAUGUGAUUUUAAACACUAUUAGUUACCGUACAGCGGUAAACAUACCUGAAACCCCAUGUAAACUAGAUCCAGACUUUUAUUUGGAUCUGCAUGGAAUUUGCACACAUUCAUUGAUAGUUGAUAAUAUGUCUGAAUUUCUAAAUCAAUAUUCAUACACAAUUAACUGAGGAAUCAAUGGAAUUGUUGAAAAGUGUUCAAUCUCACAAUGUUAAAGACACGGAAUUCGUUUUUUUUAAAUGUUUUUUUCUCUGACUCAUAACA